AUGUCUACCAUUGGUGGAAGACUAUUUGUAGGGAUUAUGCUGAUCCUACUGCCAUCACUUGGGUGGAGUUUCAACUUAUCUUCGAUGAGCAAUUCUACCCACGCUCAUACCGAUAUGCGAAGAAAAACCGAGUUCUUGAAUUUGAAACAGGGGUCAAUGUCUGUAUUGGAGUAUGAGCACAAGUUUAAUGACUUAUCUAGGUUUGCUCCAAAGUUGAUUCCAAAUGAAGAGGGGUCAAUGUCUGUAGAUGAUUUGAGGAAGGAGAUCAGUGCUAGUUUAGCACGUUGGAGGGACAUGUCUAGCUUUGGUGGACCGAGUCAAGGUCCAUCAAAGAGAUACGGAUCCAGUUCCAAUUCUACUGGUAGUGGUUGGUCCGGUGGACGUGGAUCCAGUUCAGGAAGUGGAAGAUCUGGGCCUAUGCCAACUUGGAGUCAGAAUUCCGAUCAACAAUCAGUGGUUAUUACGUCAAGAGAUUCUUCAUGGCAGACUAGUUCAGCUUGUCACAACUGUGGACAAAUUGGACGCUUUAUGAGGGAUUGUCCACAUCUUAUGCAAAGCAGUGGUCCAAGUCAAAGGGGUAGCACAAGCUGUUUCUACUGCGAUUAG